AUAGAUAAGGUCCUCACGUGCGCAUCAACCUAACUGGUUUCUUAUAUAACAUUGUUUGCUAGCGAAUGCGAUGUAUUAAUAUUAUGGUUAUCCGAACUGCUAUGAUUGAUAUUCGUGAAGUAUACUUAAAUAUUGCCUGGUGGUUGUAUGUGGUACUUAACAAAAACAGUCUCGCAAGCCUCUAAGCUGUGUCAAUGACCUUUGAUUGAAACGGGGAGCGUGGAUUUCACCAUACGAACCGUUUCGCUGAGCUCACAAUAGAAAUCACAACGGAUGUAGGUAGUUCGUGGUUAAAACGGGGUACCAAGAUUCUGAUAUCCAAUAGGUUAUACGUUUUUAUACAACGAUUUCAAAGUAUCAAAAUCUUCUAUUGAUACAAAUCUAAACUAGGUAUGACUGUGAUUUUUCUUGAAAAAAGUAAAUUAUUGUUUUAACAUCCAUUAUGAAAGCUUUACGAGUUUUAUAACGUUUACUCAUACACAUCACGCAACUAAGUAGGUAGGUACCUAACUAAACCACCAGUUUACCUCAACUAUGAAUGUAUGGCCGCGAAAUCGCUACGUUGCAAUUUACUUGCACGAGUGCACAAUAAUACGAGACUAAGGGUGACGACGUCAUAUGCUUGCACCGGAAGUUUACCACAGCUUGCGAAUAUUGCGAAUAGGUAGGACACUGUUAAUUUAUACCUGUAGCUAUACACGUCGGUUACUUCUCAAAGAAGGAAAGUAUUUAUAGUUUAGGUACCUACUUAUCAAGAAGGUACGUAAUUUCAGCAAAAAUUCUAAAUAUAUUUAUAAGUACACAAAACAUUUGUAAAUGCUAGUAAAUCUAUGAUAUCGUAGAUUAGUAGGGCUAAUCUGAAUUGAUUCAAUUUGAAAUACGCGCUCAGGCAGGGCAUGUACAACUAUCACACAACAAUGACCAAUGCUGCCAUCUGUUACCGUCGACGAUUACUCUGUAACUGCUACUUGGUACUAUAAAAUACCCAGUCGUGAAGACUGCGACUGAAAAGGAGCACCUAGUAUCAAAGCUAGUAUAAUAUGUUGAUUUAAAAAAACCUGUCAAAGGUAAACAAGACAAGGAGGUGACAUCAUAAAGCUUGUUCCGGCCUUCAUUUGAGCUUUUGACUCGCUAUUUGUUAUAUUUUCAUAAUAACAUUCAUUAGUUUAACAAAUUACUUGUUUUAAAAUUAUCCAUAAGAAAUAUAGAAAUUGUUAUGAACAAAAGUGACUUGAUUUAACAGUUCACUUAAUUUUAUAAAGUUCCGGUGAACAAAACUUUUUGGUGGAUUUAUGUUUCUUUACUACCAAAAUGCAGGAAAACAGUCAAGAAAACAAUAAUUUUGAGACGAUCAUUAGCACAUGGCGUCGUUUGUCUGGAGAACAAUCUGAAUCUUCCGCAUUUGUAAGUAUGUCUGGAGACUCGCCUAAUCAUCACCCAUUCAAGAAAAAGGAAGAAGAAAGCAAUUUAUUGGUUUUGGAUAAACCAAAAGGGCCUAUAGCAACAGCUGCCAGUGCCGGUGCCACAGUCGUUACUUUGGAGGACAAGGGCCUCCAGGUUCAAGAAAACACAGAGCCGUACAAACCCGAUGACAAAAAAGAUAAUGGAGAAUUAAUCAAGUAUGAUAAAGAGGAAAGCAAGGAAGCGGCCGGUGAUGCGAAUUAUGCCGAAGACAAGGACAACAAAAGCUAUUUAGAAAAUGAAAGUGAAACAAGCAAGUUUCCAGAUACUAAAAGUGAAAAGGAUAGAGGUGACAAAGUCGACAGUGUGUACCUGAGGCCACCUCCUUCACACAAAGUCAGGUCUAAUGCAUCAACCAACGAUGAUGAAGACUGUGGUAUAAAAUGUCUCUAUUACACAUUACAGUGUUGUGACUGUGUUCUCAUGUAAGUUGCCAUAAAUUAGCUAUAGUUUUAGAUACAUGACAUGCUCAAUGCCUUGUUGCAUUAAUAUUUAUAAUGUAGAACCUGUCUAUGUAAAGUAAGGAUUUCUAUUCUUAUGUACCUCUGCCUGUAGAAAGUGAUGUUAUGUUAUUUUUAUUCCAUGUAUUCAUCUAGAUAUCUGGAGAAAUGUACAAUCAAAAAAACAACAAAAUGUUUCUUGUAUAUUAGGAAUUAAUUUAGUCUUGUGGUGGAGAAUAUUUUCAGUUUUUAAGAAUUUGCUCUAAAUCAUUACAUAACUAUACUGAAUUAGGAUGAAUGUUUUUUUUUUUUAUAUAAUCUAUACUUCAAAGAAACAUAACCAUUCCACAGUAUUCCAGUGUGACUUUUAUAACAUUAAACUUUACUUUUGUAAAAUUUUAAGAGUAAGGGUGAAAAUAGUAAAACAGCAAGUAGGUAUUAUAAAUUAUAGACUUGUAGCUGUGCUUCCAAAAGAGACCCUCCAUGUAAUUACAUCUUCAAGAUUUAAUUUAUAAAUAGGUAUACCAUGUUACAUCCACAAAAUUUAAUAUACCAGACUUUUGUACCCAUUACCUUUGGACUUAUUGCCAGAUAAACGCCUGUAAAGCUUUAUAAUUUUUAUCUUAUAAACUUUAUAUCUUAGGAAUUAUUUGUUAUUGGAUGAACUUUUCUUGUCAUGUAAAAAAUUUACUUUAUAGUAAUUAUAAUUGAUAUUUUAAGAGACCAGCCUCCGUCCAAAAUGGGAGUCUGUACUUGGUCAACAAAUUAGAUAGACUAUAGUUUUAUACCAUAUUUUUGAAAAUAUGUAUUUUGUACCAAUAAACAAUAAGAUGAA